GAAUAACAAGCUUUGAUUUUUAUAUUUCAAGACUUGGUAAGCAGAUUUUCAAAAGAUGGAUACAGCAUACCUUAAGCAAAGCCUUGGUGACUCUCUGACCCGCUGUCUGGCAGAGGUAUCUGAGAAGAGGCCAAGAGACCCGAUAGAAUAUAUUGCACAAUGGCUGUACAAGCAUGUGGAAAACCAGAACUACAUUGCUCAGAAAAAAGAAGAGGCAGAGGAGUUGGAAAGGCAAAGGUUGAAUCAUGAGAAAGAGGAAAGAUUGAGGGAGAAAAGACGAGAAGAGGCAAAAAAAAUUGCUGAGAGAGAAGCAGAGAAAAAGAAGCAAGAGGAAGAGCGUGCUAUAAAGGAGACGACGUCACCAACAAAACUUCCUGUGGUGAUAGAAGCACAGGAGCCAUCAGAUGAAUCUAAAACAGAGGUAAAGACUGACAGCCAGGAACCAACAGAAACACAGGAGGGGGACAAAGGAGAACAACCAGAAGGGGAGACAACUGAACAAGGAGAAGCAAAAACUGAAGAAGAACCCAAAGCAGAAAGUGAGCCUAAAGCAGAAGAUGAACCUAAAGCUGAAGAAGAAACUAAAGCUGAAGAAGAAAGCAAAACUGAAGAAGAAGCCAAGCCUGCAGAAGAAGAGGCUACUUAGUUAUCUCCCCUUGUACACUUUAACCCUUUGUCCCUUUUCAUCCAUUGAUUUAUUUGUUCAUCUUAGUCCAAAGAGCAAAUUAAACAUAAUCCAGCCAUUGUAAGAGUGCAGUAUUUUUUAGAGGAAAAUUUGGUCUGACUGUAAUAUAUGUAUGAAGAAAGAACAAGUUAUUAUUUUUUUGUCAUAGAUUUUUUGUUACAUUAUAAAUAAGAUAAUAGUUAAUUGAAACACUUUCUGUUAAAUUAAAGAUGAUAAUAUGUCUGAAAAACACAGAUUGUUGAAAAUUAACAUCCACAUCUGCCAUAUGCCAAAUCAGGCAUAUGUUUGCUAGUACUGAUACGGAAUCCAGAAAAACUGGUUACGUUAAUUGCAGGCCAUUACAUAACUGAAAUACUAUUGAAAACAGUGGUAAACCAAAUUUGUUUUAGGAAAAAGAAAAGGCUGAUUUGUAUAAAACAUUUUCUGUAUAAUUUUCAGUUUUGUUUGAGGUAUGCAUUUAUUGUACAUCUUAGUACUAAAGGUGACAAUCAUUACUGUAUUUUAUUUUUAGGUUGUUGGAUUUGUAUCCAGAAGUAUACACAAGGGUUGCUCAUCUUUAGGACUACAAUAUUAGUCCUUGAAAGAAAUGAGUGCAUAUUUCUCAAUGCAAAACUAAUAAUAUUUCUAUUACAUACUCAUUUACUCUUAUAAAUGGUAAUUGAUAUAUUGCCGAAGGAAAUUUGAAAAAUAUUAAUAUUUAUGGACUUUUUUAAUCUAGCAAGAUUCUUUAAUAUGAUACUAACAGUGACAUCAGGUAAUAAACAUGAACUUUUUAUGUCAGCAUGGAAAACUGUUGAUAUAUAAGGUUCCAUUCUAGCGUAACAAGAGUUUGAAAAUGAGUGUGUAAUUAUGUUAUAUGUACAACAUUUAUGUCUUUAGAUCAAAACAAAGUAAUCAAAGUGAGGUGCAAUGACUUAAGUAGGACAUUUGUCUGUAGUUAUAGAACGUAUCCAUUUCUGUGUGUCCAUAACAGUAGAAUAUCUGUGACAUUUUGGUGCUUACCUGAAAGUGAUGUUUCAGUCAUGUAAAAUUCUUGCCAUUUUUUUACACACAAUAUUUAUUGUAGCUUUAAACUAAUACGCCUUUAUUACCUCUAACCAAAGAAAGGGUAUCUAAGUCAGACUGGUAUUCAUUUUCUUAGACUGGUCUUUUUUAUCAGCAUUACAGGAGUAUUUGUUUUACAAGUAGGCUUUAAGGUAGGCAUUGAUAAGAUUCUUCACAAACGUCCACAGUUGUUUUGAUAUUGCCACAUUAAUAAUUUUAAUAAUAUCCCAUGUCUGUUUUACAUGAUAAUUUUUUAUUAUCAUGAUAUCAAAAUGAUACUUUCUCUUUUUUUAUUUGGUUUGCAAUAUUUAUACUUACACAAUAUAUUUUGACAUAUAAUCAAAUGAACAAGACAUACUGACAAAAUAUAUCUUCAGUUAAUCUUGCAUGACAAACAAUGGAAUGUAAUAUUCAAUGUAAUUUUGUUGUAUUUACAUUUAUAUCCUAAACGUCCAGCAGCUGUGAUUGAUAAUCAUUUACUUUGUCUUUACAUAAUUUAUGUUUGUUUUCAGUCUGUGUUGAUUAAAUGGCUGUAAGAAAAUUAAA